AUGGGAAAGUCACCAUCCCCUGAACCCGAACCAGGGGCAUCCCCAACUCCCCCACCUUAUGCCCCAUACAUCGACCCCCAACUGACUGCUGAAUCCGGCGAUGCCCAUACCGACGGUCGUAUUGAUGUGCAUCUCGAUUCCAAGCUCGCGAAAUCCCUUGCUCAAAUCGCCAACCAACAACAAGAAGAUCUGUAUCAUGCACCGCCCAAGGCUCAACACGACGAGCCGACCGGCUGCGAUGUAAAAUUGAACAUCGUCAUUCAGAUCGUGGGCAGUCGUGGAGAUGUCCAGCCCUUUAUCGCACUGGGCAACGCCUUGCAAAGCCAUGGCCAUCGGGUUCGCAUUGCCACCCACAACGUCUUCGAAGACUUUGUGAAGGAGUCUUUCCUGGAAUUCUUCCCUAUUGGCGGAGAUCCAGCAAAACUUAUGGCCUACAUGGUCAAGAACCCCGGUCUAAUCCCGCAGAUUAAAACACUACGCGAUGGAGAAAUCAAAAAGAAGCAGGUCAUGGUCGCUGAAAUGCUGGCCGGCUGCUGGAGAUCUUGUAUCGAAGAUGACCCGGUGACACAAGAGCCGUUUGUUGCAGAUGCGAUUAUCGCAAAUCCGCCCAGCUUUGCACAUAUUCAUUGUGCGCAAGCGCUAGGGAUCCCCGUUCAUCUAAUGUUUACCAUGCCUUGGAGCAGUACCAAGGCAUUUCCUCAUCCUUUGGCCAAUCUCCAGAAUGGAUCCAUGGAAAACCCGGGAACAGCAAACUGGGUUUCGUACGGAGUGGUGGAAUGGCUGACCUGGCAAGGGCUGGGCGACGUUAUCAAUCGAUUUCGGUCUUCGAUAGACUUGGCACCCGUCCCAAGGACAGAGGGGCCUUGUCUGGCCGAAGCCUUGGAAAUUCCCAUGACCUACUGUUGGUCUCCUGCUUUGGUUCCAAAGCCAAGAGACUGGCCAGCUCAUAUCGACGUUUGUGGGUUCUUCUUCUCAGAUCCCCCUGAAUACACACCACCUCCAGAUCUGGCCGAGUUUUUACAGUCCGGUCCUGCUCCUGUGUACAUAGGCUUCGGUAGUAUUGUCGUCGAGGAUCCACAGAAGCUUAUCGACACAGUCCUUGCGGCAGUCUCGAAAGCUGGUGUACGUGCGAUCGUUUCAAAGGGCUGGAGCGAGCUGGCUGGACCAGCUGACACCAACGUUUAUUACAUCGGUGAUUGUCCACAUGGAUGGCUCUUCCAGCAUGUGUCUGCUGUGGUCCAUCAUGGAGGCGCCGGCACGACUGCGUGUGGUCUUUUGAAUGGCCGACCAACCACCAUUGUGCCCUUUUUUGGCGAUCAACCAUUCUGGGGCGACAUGGUCGCAAAAGCCGGUGCAGGGCCUGAACCAAUUCCACAUGCCAUGCUAGAUCCACAAAUCCUAGCAGAGGCCAUUCAAUUCUGCCUCACACCGGAAGCAGAAGUCGCAGCAAAUGGAAUCGCUCUCAAAAUGAAAACAGAGACUGGCGUGGAAACGGCUGUCAACUCCUUCCACCGCAACCUGCCCUUGCAAAGGAUGCGAUGCAGUGUUAUCCCAGGCCAGCCUGCGGCAUGGGCCUAUACUCAAAAGAAGCAAUCUUUGACUCUUUCUAAAGCGGCGAUGAACAUUUUGGUCGAAUACAAAAGGAUAGACACGAAGAAUAUCAAAUGGUUUGUAUACCUCUUUGGUCACCUUACUUGUUACGAGAUGCUUACUGGUGACAACAGCUAUGCUAUCAAUCCGAUCAUCAUUGAAAAUCGCCGAUGGGAUCCUUUGACUGGCGUUCUAUCUGCCGCCACAUCAACCGGCUCCAACAUGCUACAAUCUACCGGCGAGAUGUUCUACAAUCCGUACAAAGAAUACAAGAAAAGUCGCACACCGAAACCAUCCGAGGAUGAUCCGUCAGGCUCCACGCCUCCAAUAAACCGAUCUAAUAGUGAUGCUUUUCAAACAGCCGCAAAUAUGGCAGGAGCCACAUUACAAGGGUUCGGUAAAUUCUCAGCCACUUACUUCCGAGGUGUCAUAGUCGACAUUCCCCAUGCAGCAGCUGAGGGCUUCCGACGAGCUCCUCAGCUGUAUGGUGAGAAGCCCAAAGAAUACGGAACCGUGCAUGACUGGAAGUCUGGGGCGAUAGUCGGCGGCAAGAAUUUUGUGGGCGGUAUGACGACUGGUGUCACGGGGAUGAUCAAGCAUCCUCUGAAGGGAUUUAUUGAGGAAGGAAGAGAUGGUGCAAUGAAGGGACUUGCUAAGGGUGCGCUGGGAAUGGCCACAAAUAUGCCUUCUGCUGGUAUUGGCCUGGUGGCUUAUCCAUUCCAUGGUAUAUCCAAGAGCAUCGAAGCGGCCUUCAGGACGAAGACACCCAAAGCCAUUGUUGCUGCACGGCUUCGGGAGGGAUAUGUGCUCACGGAGCGAAUGCAAUUAUCAAAGGAGGAGAGAGAAGAGGUUGUGCAAGUAUUCGAUGUGCUUUUGUCAUCGAUGAGCACAUAG